UCCACCUCUUUCUCUCUAAAGGCAACUAAUUUCACAAGCACAAGUUCUUUCUUUUACAUCGACCAUGCCUGGAGCAACUACCGCCGCUAUUGUUGACAGCCGCAGGUGCACACAGCAUUCGGAAGGCCCUGCCACGGUCCUCGCCAUCGGCACUGCAAACCCGGAAAACAUCAUCCUUCAAGAUGACUUUGCUGACUACUACUUUGGUCUAACCAAAAGCGAGCAACUUACUGAGUUAAAGGACAAGAUGAAAAGGAUAUGUCAUAAAUCUGGUAUAGAGAAGCGCUAUAUCCACCUUAAUGCCGAGAUCAUCCGUGCCCACCCAGAGAUCAUUGACAAACACGUGCCCUCCCUUGAAACCCGUGUAGACAUCGUGGCUACCGAGGUCCCCAAGCUCGCCGAGUCCGCUGCACGGAAAGCCAUUGCUGAGUGGGGUCGUCCGGCUACUGACAUCACCCACCUUAUCUUCAGCACCUACUCAGGUUGUCGUGCACCUAGCGCUGACCUCCAAUUGGCGUCAUUGCUCGGACUUCGCCCUUCCGUUUCUCGCACCAUUCUCAGUCUUCACGGCUGCUCAGGUGGUGGCAGGGCACUCCAGCUUGCAAAGGAGAUUGCCGAGAAUAACCGCGGUGCGCGUGUCCUCGUAGCCUGCUCUGAGCUGACCCUGAUAUGCUUCUCUACCCCGGAUGAAAGUAAAAUCGUUGGCCAUGGACUGUUCGGGGAUGGUGCUGGCGCAGUCAUCGUCGGUGCCGACCCCUCGGCCGAUGGCGAGCAUCCACUAUUUGAGAUGGUUGCCGCCUCACAAACCAUGAUACCAGGAACUGAGCACGCACUCGGAAUGCAGGCCACUAGUAGUGGCAUAGAUUUUCACCUCUCCAUCCAGGUGCCGACAUUGAUAAAGGACAACAUCCAUCAGUGCUUGCUCGAUGUGUUCCGAUCUGUCGGAAACACAGAUCCUAACUGGAACGACCUCUUCUGGGCAGUGCACCCUGGCGGCCGCGCGAUCCUUGAUAACAUAGAGGACAAGCUCCAACUGCAGCCAUGGAAGCUUGCGGCGAGCCGCCAAGUGCUGAGCGAGUACGGGAACAUGAGUGGUGCAACAAUUGCAUUUGUUCUUGAUGAACUACGCCGCCAUCGGGAGAAGGAAGAAGACAUGCAGCAACAGCCUGAGUGGGGAGUGUUGCUGGCCUUUGGACCUGGAGUCACAAUAGAGACAAUCGUGCUGCGUAACCCACUCUCACGUGGUUUGAAGGAAAAUUAAUCAACACUAUCAAGAAUAAAAUGCAAAGGUCAUCUUCUGCUGUUUUGGUAUUUCACCUCGGUAGAGUAUUUAGCGAGUGCGUGACACUGAAUCAAUUGAUCACGCAUCAGUGAGAUUACGAUCCACCGGCAUGCAUGUUUGUGUUCUCAAUUCUAUUAAAUGUUGUAAACAAAGGUCCUUGUGUUGUAAAAUAAUUCUUAAUUACUAUCUUAUGUACUCGGAAUGUUAAUAUGUUUGGAUCUGUAACAAAAUUUGAAA